AUUGCGCGUUAUUUAAACAAAUCAAUAAUGAAGAGAAUAGAAAAAGUUGGAUUCUAUUUAAAAUCUAAUCUCCAUAGUUAUUUGAUUAUUAAUUCUUCGUACUAUCCACACAUAAUUGAUGUCUACAUCACAUCACCAAGUCAUUUUCCUGUAAGAGGAGUUAUUGAAUUAACCCCUGGAUAUAAUCAUCAUGUACAAAUAGAAAUGGUACGUCAUCAACGUAACCAAGAAAAGCGACGGUGUCAUAAAGAAAAGUAUUCAGCAAUGAUAUACGACGCUGAUCUAGUGACAAAACGUCGAAUUUAUGAUACUGGUGGAGAUUUAUGCCAUCGAUUAUUGUCACAAUAUUUAUAUCUACAAGAAUGUCAUUGUUAUAGUCCCUUUCUCCCGUAUGGUUAUUUCCCUGAAUUACUUAAUAUAACUGAUAGUAAUGAUCAUAAUAAUAACAAUAAUACGAACACCAAUGGACCAAUAUCACAGCCAGUCUUGUGUUUGAACAUGUCAAUAUUCAGUGACUAUCAAUUGGUGGAAAAUUUGAAUUGUAUGCACCGUGUAUUCAAAAAGUAUAGUAAUGCCAGUUUAUAUUUGAGCUUAGCGAAAGCUCAACAUUGUGAAUUCUAUGCACAAUCAACAAAUUGUGAUGAAGUGAAGUAUAAUCAUUUCGGUAUGGUCAAUAACCCAAUGGCAGAUUUAUGGGGUUGUGCGCAGCGUAAUGAAGCCAGAACUGACUUUCUGAUCAACAUUUUCCAUCUCCUGGCAAAUCAAAUUAUGAGUGACGACAAAAAUAUUCACGGUGUUGGUCAUAUUUCAAGUGAUGAAUUCAUGAAAGAGGUAUUACGAAAUGAAUCAGCACAGCAAGAAAUACUUCGUCAAUUACGUAAUAAUUUUGCUUUAUUAACGAUAGAACGUGUUAGCCCCCGUGGCAGACUAGUUCUCGAAGAAAAUGACUACCCACUGUCUCGACUAUUAUCUGAUAUUGGCGGUAAUAUGGGAUUAUGGAUCGGUAUAUCUGUGAUUGGUUUAUUUGAAUCUUUCGAACUCAUCGGUUUCAUCAUAUACGCAUCAAUUAAUUAUUUUAAAAGCUUGACAAUGCGUUUAUUCAAAUCAUGA